GUAGAGAGAGCGAGAUCGCGAAGCGAGGGCGGAGCAGUUUGGAGAGAGCGCUUGUCCGCGCCGUCGAUCAGGCGCCACUGUGCCGCGGCUGUGCGUAAAGGCGCAUCAAGCACACUCUUGGUUUUCUACUCUUUCACGAGAGAACCCCAGGCGUCCUCUCCAAUGGAGCUGCUGCUUUUGCUGUGGGCCCCGCUGGUGGGCCUCUGGUGCGGGCUGUGCGUGGCGUCGGGAGAGCGGCACACCGUCUUUUGGAACAGCACCAACCCCAAGUGAGUUUUGGGGGAGCGUGGAGGGGAGAACCAAGCCCUCGUAGCCAGGGGCUGGAGAGUUAUCAUCGUCACCAAUGCCCAGCCAGAAUUUACUUUUUGCGCGUGUAUAAAAGGGAUGACCCUUUAUUUUGGCGUCGCUCCCGCCCCACCCUGUGAUAAUGGGGUUGUGUUGGAGGGGUGGCAUUUGGAGAUCCCCGCCUUCUAACCAGGCACCCAGGGGACGCUUAGGGGUCCGGUUUCAGGGGGUGUUCCACUGGAGGCGCCUUGCAGGCGGGGAGCGCGGCCAACCUUGGCCAGUGAUCGCCCCGUUGUUGAAAAAUCUUCCGUGUAUUGAAUAGGUGUGCGUGUCUUUUUUGCGGGCAGAGGCUUCUUGAAGGAGGGUGCGGACGUUCAGGGAAAGAAUGAGUUUCGCCUAGAAACCCCUUCGGUUAGAUGUUAGCCAUGGAGGGGUCGUUUUCCCUAGAAGUUGGAAUACAUCUGGGGAAGGGCCGUGGAGAUUCUGAGGGGUGGGGAUACAGUUGGAGGGAAAUAGGACUCUGCUUCCAUCCCGCUGAUGGUUUGGUGGUUUUUGGCACCCUCCUACCUUCCAGCCUCGGUCUUUGCCCCUGUUAAGGGAAAAGGGGCAGCUGGCCCUUUAAAUCUGGCGUGAAAGCUCUGCAGAUGAAAGUUUUCCCUUUCUUUUCUCCCUUGUUCCCCCACCCCACCCCGCCUCUUUGCCUUAGCUCGCCCCCUCCUGUUCCUGCGCCUGCAUUUUGGGCGAGGGCCACCCAGGGCAGCCCACCUCUGGCAGCCUGGCACAGAUUUCCUUUGCCAGCCCCCAAGCCUCACGUUUCAGGUUGCCUCUGCUGCUACUCUUUCUUUGAAGGAGGCAGGUUUAGCUUUGCAAAAUAGGGAUGAGGGGUGGGUUCCUGGACCUUUGGAAGGAGGAGGAGCUGGUUGGGCAUAAAAGCUGGAAUUCGUAAACAUCCACACGGUAGGCCUGCGCUUGGCACCCGGCCCGUACCUAGGCACCGUGACAGAGGCAUGAAUCAGGUCUUUGCUGGGAAAGAUAGGGCAGUGCGGACGGAAAGGACCCUUUGCUUUCCGAGGUGGGGAGAGGGACGCCUUCUUCACCCCCUUUGCCCCUUGGGGUUCCCGGGUCCGGUUUAGAGCAUUUUUGAGGAGCUCGUGGUUUUUAAUGAGUUAUGUCACGCCGGCUGUAAUUUAUGGAUGACGCGCAAAGGACCGAAAAGGAAAAAGACAGGUUCUCUGCCCCAAGGAGCUUACAGAUCUGUACUUCUGAUGGCGCCUGUAGGAGACAUCGGGCUUUUGUUUGCGUGCUGGGAAUUAGAGGGUGGGGUGGGGUAUUAAAAGUGGCCCACAGCCAAGGGGGCCAACUUGAAUAAAAUAUUGGGGGGCGGGAGAGUAAGCCUCAUCCCACAUAAUCGAUCACAUGACUUGGCUCACCAUUUGAAUGGCAAUGCCCCCCUCAAAAUAAACUCACAACAAGAUGCAUUAGGGAAGGAGGGAGAAGCUCUGCUUCUUGAGGUGUUGUUGCAGUUUGUUUCGUUUUUUUAAUAAGAGCUGUAGGGGCUUGGGCCGAAAUCCAACAGGUACGCCCCCUGGCAUCUCUGGGAAGGCUCACCUGUUGAAUAGCGGCACGGUUUUUCCCAUUUGUUAAAAGGCCCAGAGAUUGGUGGGGGCAAAGAGUUCCAGCCAGUUCCCGGGGACUGAAGAGUUAAUCGCAUUAAGCCAUUGUUUUUAUGCUGGAAGGUAAGGUGAGGGGAGGGAGGGAGGGAGAGCGAGCUGUGGUGCCUUUGUUCAUUCUGCCUGUGUGUGAGAAGCACAGACAUCUGUGUCCUGUUGUGCAAACCUCAAGGCCAGGGAUCUGGCUGGCCCUUUCCAGGUGGCCUUCCCCCCCCCCCAUGGCAGCUAGCUUGUGAGAUUUGCCUGUCCCCCUGGCCUCGGGUCAGCUCAGCUCUGUGCUGUUGCCUUGGGUGGGUCUGAUCUUGCUUAAAUCAGAGCUUUUGUAAAUGCUGGCACUGAGUCUUUGUAAAAGGCUGAGUGAUUGUAGAAGUAAACCCUCCACGCCUAGGGGCAGUGUACCUCUGAAUAACAUUGCUGGCAGGGAGGUGAGGGCAGCCAGCAGGGGAGCACACAGCAGAGGUGUUGGGUUAGCCACUUCUGAAAGCAGAACGCUGGACUUUGAAAGAGAUUUGGGCAAGUUUGUUAAGGCUAUCUGCUGGGAAUCGCAUAUGGGGAGAUUUUCGGUUGAGCUCAGGUCUUGCUUUGGGGAUUCCUGGAAGAGGCAUCUGGUUGGGCACUGUGAUCCAGCAGAGCUCUGCAUCAGUGUUCGAAAUUCAGAUAUAUAAUCUGAUUGCCAAAUGGCACCUUAAACCUCGGUUACGGUCGCCAGAACAGAAAGUCUAGGCAGCAUUUUUAUUUUGCAAUGAAAUUUAUUAUUAAUUUCAUUUUUAUACUGCUUUAUGUCCUAAAGAAAAAAAAUCUCAGAGUGGUUUACAACACAUUAAAAUAUCAGAUUAAAAAAAUGCAGAAUAAAACAAAUUCAGGCUUCAAGGGAAAUAUUUCAGAUCCUUCUCUAAGUGACAUUUGGCUUUUCCCAUACAGUAUUUAUCUACCUGCUUAAUUUGUAGAGCUGCCCCAUAGCAGAACUACUCUAGGAAGGCAGUGUGGUGCAGUGGUUAGAGCAGGCUUCCUCAACCUCACCCCCCAGAUGUUUUUUGGCCUACAACUCCCAUGAUCCCUAGCUAGCAGGACCAGCGGUCAGGGAUGAUGGGAAUUGUAGUCUCAAAACAUCUGGAGGGCCGAAGUUGAGGAACCCUGGGUUAGAGUGUCAGGCUAGGACCUGGGAGAUCAGGGUUCAAAUCCCCACUCAGUAAGCUUGCUGGAGUCAGUUGCAGACUCUUAACCUACCUCACAGGGUCAUUGUAGGGGUAAACUGGGGGGGGGGGGAUGAUCCCAUCGCAUGGCAGAUUCUCUGCAGUAGCAUAAGUGGUGCAGGAAUUGCACUUUGCAAAUGCACAGAGGUUCCUUUCGUCUGUUUGUAACUAGAUGUUCCCAGCUUGGCACUGAAAAGAGAUGCUAGGACUCUUCAGCUUUGUAAGCCCUGGGGAGAGGCGUGCCUGUGGUGAGAUCCUUUGGGGAUUGAUUUAGAAAAAAAUAUGUCCCUGGACUACAACUAUAGCUCAGGUAGAGCAUCUUCGUUGCAUGGGGAAGAUCCAGGGUUCUGUGUUCCUAUUGGAGUCAGAACCAUGAGGACUAGAAUCUUAGUGUAUUUUUAGGGGAAGGGCUAGGUGCAGCAAGGAUCCAACUCAAUAUCAAGGAGCUUCCAGGGUUCAAAAAAACCUCCCAUUGCCACUGACCAUUGGACAUGCUGGCUGGCUGUGAGUUGGCCUCUGGCGAGUGCCAAGUUGGCAAAGGCGCCUUGAGGAUGAUCUGCAGAGUUUUACUUCAUUGCAGAAGAUGAAUCGGGUGGUGAUUUCAAAGUUGUGCCUGUCUGCCCCCUGCAGAUAUUACUGGCCUCUUCUCUGCCUUUCACUGGUGCCUUAAACCCGCCGGCUGGCACUGCCAAGAGGGCAAAGUUCUCAAGCGGUGCAGGCAGCAGGUGGUGGGUCUUGGCCAGCAAGGCUGAAUCAGCUUGGAGAAAGUUGGAAGAGAGCAAAGCCGCAGCUGGCCAGCCGCUCCUUCCUUUCCCAGGGUCCAUCUCCCCCCUUCCUUACUAGCCCGUGGGCCUCUUCCUUCCUUCCCGCCCGGCGCUGGCGAGAGCCCAAGGGAAGGCGCCAAGGGCACGCGGGGCAGGAAAUCUUUCUCCUUUUUUAAAAAACCAACAUGUUGUUAAGAUAUAUAUUUUAACGUGUGUUUUUUCCGCCCAGGACGCUGGAGGCGAAACCGUCUUUUUGGCACGGAGGCUUAAGAGAUGGCCAAGUCCGAUGCCAACUUGGCUGGAGGGGCGGGAUGGAGCGUGCAGCGGGGGGGGGGUGUUUUGUGUACAGCUCCUGCCCCUGCAGGGAGGAGGCAGUUGCUGUGACGGGUGAGAGUCCAGGCAGAGGAGAUUGCAGGGCCCAGAUGUGGCCACCUCUGGCAGGGUGGAAAACCCUGAGGCUGCUGUGUCUGGGCAGUUUCCUUCCAGGAAGGGCAGCCUUAAUCGCUUUGUGUUGGCCUGUUGGUUGUCAAAAACGGCAGUGAUCCAUGCCAUACUUUCAAAGCACAUUGCUUCCUUUCCAAAAGGAUCUUAUCCCUCAUGGAGCUACAGUUCCCAGCACCCUUAAACUACAGUUCCCAGGCUGGGAGCAAUGGAAAUUGGAAUCGAACAUCUGGGAGAGGACGCAGGCUCCCCAGCUGUGACUCCUUAAAGAACUAUUGGACUUACCAUGGCUUUGCCUUUCACGGUCAACUUCAUCACUCUCUGGAGCAGCCGCUAGCCCAUGCUGGCUGCAGAUUAUGGAGUUUGAAAGCUGCUGAACGCUAGCCCUGCUGAGCCCCAAAUAGCCAGCAUGCCCAGUGGUCAGGGAUGAUAAGAUCUGUAGCCUGAAACAUCUGGAGGACCAGUGUUCUAAACUAGCCAGGUGUGUUUGCUACUGGUGCGGGUCCAAUUGCGACUACGUGGAGAUUUCUGGGUGCCAGGUUUGGCGACCACAGUUUAGAAACUUCUGCAUAGUUAGUAUCAUUUCCCCUGUGUGUUUCUCCUUCUUGCAUACUGGGACAAGUGAAUUGCUGUAAGAGCAAGCGACAGCCAAGCGCUGCAGUUGAGAUCACAGAAUCAUAGCUUUGGAAGAGACACCAUGGGGCAUCUAGUCCAACCCCCUGGUGGAUAGACAUUCCAUUGUGGCCACUGGUAACCAGGGUUUAAGGUGCUAUAUGGCGCUUAGCUUAUAUGCCUGAGGUUGUAACACUGCGUUCACCACCCCGACCUACAGUUCCUCAUUCCGUGUUGUACUCCACUUUUAUUCAGAGCAGACCCAUUCACGACCUGGACUAACUUGGUUCCAUUAAUUUCAGCACACCUACCUUUUAAGUAAAAAGCAAUUGACUACAACACAUCAGUGCUAUGCUAUCCCGGCAAGUGGCUUUGGGUCACUGGUGCAAAAGGGACAGCAACUAAGAAAAGCGAAAUAAUAACGAUGAUAACGAUCACCUUAGCCAGAUCUUUGCUGUGUAGAAUUAAAUGCCCAGCCUUUGCAUGCCAAUAAACCCCCUCCUACAAAAAACAGAAAAAAAGCAAAAACCCUUCGAAAACCACCACCACCGGACCUGAUGUCAUCAGGCACCACUUGUCCCUGAGUGCAUCACUCAUUUUUACACUUUGCCGUCCCUUGGAUCAUGAAUUUGGGGGCGCCAGCCGCAUCUAAAACUCGUCUGCCGCCAGCUACCCCUAUUGCAGCAAGCAGCCUUUCUGAAUCUCAGUUGCUGGAAACCGCAGGAUGGGGGAGCUGCUGUGGUGCUCAGGGUCUGUUGAGGCUCCCCAUAAGCAUCUGGUGUGCCCCUGCAGAACAGCACCCUGGACCUGUCAGGAUUGGCACCCGCUGCCUUGUGACAUCAGGCAGGCGCCUUCCCUGUACCCUUUGGGGCGCUUGCUAAAAGCGAUUUUUUGUUUUGUUUUGUCAAGCCUAUCCAGACAUGUAGAAACCGCCGUGUGUUGUUAAUCUGGUUUUCGCAUAUAGCUGAUGUUGUUAUUUUUUGGGAGUGUCUAAAAACACUUGCCUUUUUUUAAAGAGGAUACUUCUGUUGUUGUCUUGCCGGCUGAUUUGAGGGCUUGUGGCAGCCCAGCGGUGCAUAAAGGUCCUGAAAUAAAUGGAUGAGGCUCAGAAGGGCCACUGGCCCUUCUUGUUGCAUUUGAUUGCACUGUUUUGACAAGGAUCAGCCAGCUGCUUCGGGAUCUUCCAGGGGGUCAAGACUUCUGGGUGGUGCCCUGGGGUGAGGAGACAGACGGAGGGUGGGUGGGCGCCCCCCCAAGACCCUGCUGCUAUCUCUGCACCUGAGGCCAAGAUAAGGUGGAUCCUUCAUUGCUGCCUCCUGCCACCCGCCUCGGGCGGCCAAACCGGUUUGUGGGUUCGUUCUCCCGAGGAGUCUUUCGGUUUCCAAAGCUUCUGUGACUCAGGGCGGAGUCCCUCUUUCCACAGCUGUCUUGGCGAGGCUUUUAAUAAACACCUUGGCUCUCUGCUGGGAAUGUGGGCUAGCCCAGCAAGCUUCCAGGGCCAGCCCUGAAAGGGGGAAGCAAUGCUCUUGUGUCGUGUGCUCAGUGGGUAGAGCAUUUGCUUUCGAUCCUGGGUUCAAUCCCCAAUGGCAUCUCCAGGUAGGGCUGGGAGUAUCACCUGUCUCCAAUGCUGGCAAACUGCUGCCAGUCAGUGUGGACAGCACUGAGCUAGAUGGGUCAGUUUUCUGACUCUGUAUAAGGGAGCUUUCUGCGUUCCCAUUUAAACUAUUUUGAGCUGUGAGGACUGGAAUCUUUCUUGAGCUUUCGCGCCGCAAACUUGCCCAUGGAGGAAGCUGCCUUCUACCACUCGCCUAGCUCAAUAUUGUCCACACGGGCUGGCAGCAGUUCUUCCAGAUUUCAGGCAGGGAGAAAUUCCCCAUCCUACCUGGUUAUGCCACUGGAUAUUAUCUCCAGAUAAUUUACAAGUAAGCCUGCUGACUUCAGUGGGUCUUACUCACAACUUUUCUUUCUUUGUUUUGUAUCACAAAAUCCUCAAUAAAAACCUGUUUUUUAAAAAAACAAAAACACUAAGCACAUGCAGGUUUGCAACCUAAGUUGUGACAUCCAGACUCCCCCGUUCAAAUCUCCCCUCUUUGAUGGGCUCGCUUGAUUAGCCUUUGGCCUCAGUGUUUCUCCCACCACCAUCUGCAAUAUGGGUAUAAUGUAACUGAUUUACCUUGGGGCUGUUGUAAAGAUGUCAGCCGGAUUAACAUGUGUGCAGCAGUUCCAAGGCUCAUAAACGCUGUAAAAAAAGUGGAUUUUAUUUUAUUUUUUAGCAAAUGGCCAGGCUGAAGUUUGUUCUUUCUUUUGGGCUGGGGGGUGGGUAGGGGAGCAUCUGCCUUGCAGCUAUAAGAGAGAGUUGCAUAAAGGUUUAUUUAAAUGCAUUUGGUCAACUUAAGAAAAUAAUAACACUUAGGUAAAGUGGCAAUGAUUUAGGUUAAGAGCCAGCCCCAAAUAAUUACCGGAGGGAGGGCGUUUCAGCAGUCUCCCACUUUGAGGAAGUUGUUUGUAUGCAUUGUUUUUAUUCUAUUCUUUAAAAAUCCACCUCAAAGAUAUACAGGAAGAGCUUAACAAAAGCUCCCUUUGAGUAGCGUAUGAAAGAAAUACAUGGAAUCCAUAGAAAAGCAUGCAUUACUUUGUCAGCGAUUGAAUCAAUGGGUUUCCAUUUUUUAAAAGUCCGUUUUCUCCCCUUUUUUCAUCUGAAUAGAAUUGGCUGAUUCCUUGUCAUAGCCAUAUUGUUGUAAAUUGUACUUUUCCAGCCUAGGAUGUUGACGCUAUUGGGGGGGGGGGGAGUUACGAAGGGAUUCCUAUCUUGCAAGGCUGUUUUGUGAGGAUUUCUUGUAACUUUUGUUUUAUUAGCGGGGAGGCGAUGGAACUGUAUGACACUUUUAUUUCAUGGGGGUGCUGGGGCAAUUGAAAUGGCAUCGAUUUCCAAACAGUGUCUGCUCUCCCCCCUGCCCACAAGCCUUCUACAAAGGGGUUAGGAGAUAGUUUGUAAGAAUUUCCUAGACGUUUCUCGCAACGUUAAUUUUAUUGGAGGAUGGAGACGAAACGGACCGGCUUCAAAAUUGUGUCUGCCUGUUCCACCGCCACCAACCUUGUCUGAAAGUGCCUACUUUACAGGGUUGUUUGUAAGGAUUUAUUAGAGGAACUUUAUGCAGGCGUUAGAGUGGAAGCACUAAUGUUGUUGUCAUUCCCUCCUCCUGAUACAGGUUUCAGUGGGAUAGCUAUGCCGUCAAGGUGAGGCUAAACGACUACCUGGACAUCAUCUGCCCGCACUACGAGGACAGCAGUGUGGCUCCUCACUCGAUGGAACGCUACACCCUAUACCUGGUGGAACAGGAGGAGUACGAGACCUGCAAACCGCGCUCGAAGGAGCAGAUCCGGUGGGAGUGCAACAAGCCCGAUGCCCUGCACGGCCCUGAGCGGUUUUCAGAAAAAUUCCAGCGCUACACUCCCUUCACGCUGGGCAAAGAGUUCCGGGAGGGCCACGAAUACUAUUAUAUCUGUAAGUGUCCGUGGCAGAGAAACCACACACACACACCCUUACCAGCUGUCAUUUAUUUUUCCGUUUUAGCGCUCCUAAGAUUUCUUAACUUGUGUCAUUCUGAGACGGUGGAGGGUCACUUAUUUAAGCCCAUUUUACAGAUGGGGAAAAAGGAGGCUGGGAACGAGAGGGCUACACGGUGGUUUUUAUUUCUAACAGGCCCUGGUUAUAGGACUUUAAGGGCCGACCUAUAGGAGAGAUCUGUCACGGGUUUUUCCUAACAUUUGUGGUUUUGGUUAAGAACAUCCACUGGGGUAGGAAGGUUUGUAUUAGGGGGCAUUUAACCCUCUUUUAAAUCCAUCUCAGCCAGAGGCCAAGGCUGAAUUUUUCAGCAGUGCAGGGAUUUGGGUCGGGUUUGUGAGUUGAGGACCCCCAGAUCUCUUGUUUUGGGCCGGGUAAUGAAUUUGAGGGAAAUAGAUCAGGAUUAUUGAGUAGGAUAUACAUUUUGCGGAUUGAACUAAACUAAAAUGACUUCUCUAUAGGAAAUUUGGGGGCGGUUAAUGGGGCUAAUCAAACUUUGAUAGGAACAGGAUUUGUUGAUGAAUUAAUUUGGGCGGAGGGUAACGAAUGAAAGAGGAGCUGAUUUGGGGUGAUCUGUGGUGGGGUGUAGUUUAAUUGAAGAAUUGAAGAUAAGUUAUGUGUUGUAUAAUUUUAGCCUCCACCCACCCACCCAAAAUAGAUGCACCAGUAAAUAAAAAUUAACAAAAGCUUCUCUAGUCCGUGUCAAGUUACCAGGUCUCAGAUUUAUAUAGACUAGAUGUCCCCCAAUACCUACACAAAACCUCCUGUCUGUUUCAACUCUCGCCAAUAAAAAUCUCUUUCUCAAUUCUUCCCUAUUAGCAAAACCUAUCCAUCACCACGGAGAAUCUUGCCUUAAAUUGAAAGUCAUAGUGGCUGCAAAGAAUGGUGAGUUUUCUAGUGCCUGACACUGUCUGUCUGUCUGUCUGUCUGUCUGUCUGUCUGUCUGUCUCUCGUUAAACCCAUGCCAUUGUCCUGAUCAAACUCCCCCCCCCCCCCCCGCUAUCUGCCAAGUUCUGUAACAGCCUUUUGCAACCUGGUGCCCAUCAGCCCUAGCCAGCAUGGCCAGUGGGCAGGGAUGACAGCGAAAUUGGGGGGGGGGCACCAGCUUGGGGGAAGGCUGCCUUGGGGAAAUAAAACAGAUCUGAUAUGAGUCCCUGUCUCCCCUCCACUUCCUAUUCCAUAAGGUGAGAUACUUGGCAGUUUGGUGGGGAGCGAUAUAAAUUGGGAUAACCGUAUGUGAGAGAGAGGAGAGGAAAAGGUUUAUACUCUCCUCCUACCUGAAGCUAAUACUCUGGUCUAAUCUCAGCCCCCACUUUUUUAUGUGACUGCUCUUGAGCCUAGUAAUAAUACCUGACACACGUCAGUAUUUAAAACUGUUUGCCUGUAUCCUCUCCACCAGGCCUCCUCAACUUCGGCCCUCCAGAUGUUUUGAGACUACAAUUCCCAUCAUCCCUGACCACUGGUCCUGCUAGCUAGGGAUCAUGGGAGUUGUAGGCCAGAAACAUCUGAAGGGCUGAGGUUGAGGAAGCCUGCUCUCCUUGCAAGGGGUAUUGCCCCCUAGUUGCAUAUAGUAUUGCCCCACAUCAAGAGAACAGGGGCUGCAGGCUGAGAUUUAAGCUGGGGUUGAGAAUUAUGGGCUCAGUAUUUAGGUUGGCUGUGUUCUGGGGGUCCGGCCUUCACUGUGUGUCUCUGUUCGCUUUUAGGUCAGAUGCCCCCCAGCCGCAGCCCCACCCUGAAGGGGAGACCUCAGUCAGGUAGGUCCAGGGGAGAGAGUUUGUUCUGUAGGGGUGGGGGAUGUGGAGGUGCCGCAAAGAGGGGUGGCACAAUCAGCCAUUUGCAGGGGACCCAUUGACAAGAGACCCCUCUGAACCUGCAUCUCCUCCUUCCUCACUCUUGCCACCUAAUAAUAAUAAUAAUUUAUUAUUUAUACCCCGCCCAUCUGGCUGGGUUUCUUCCAGCCACUCUGGGCGGCUUCCAACGGAAUAUUAAAAUACAAUAUCCUAUUAAACAUUAAUAAUCAACAUGCUUUUCCACCCCCCUCGCACUCAGGCCCAGGCAACAGGGGCGGUGAGAAUGAGGCCACACACCCCAACACGCAUUUAUACCAUUACGGUACUACUUUAAACAGUCGUGGAUUCCCCUCAAAGACUUCUGGGAGCUGUAGUUUGUUAUAGGUGCUGAGACACACACACACACACACACACACACACACACACACACACACCCAUUCCCCUCCCGGAGCUACAAUUCCCAGAGUGGUUUAACAAUUAGUUCCUCUUCCCUGGGAACUGCAGUUCUGAAUUUCGGGGUAGGGGUGUCUCAUAUCAGCUCUCAGCUCCCUCAGCAAAUAAGAUUUCCCAGAAUACAUUGGGGGGAACCGUGACUUUUUAAAGUGCCGUCGUAGUGCUUUAAACGUAUGGUGGUGCGGGUAUGGCGGGGAAGAGAAAGGAGCUGGCAGAAAUGGUGGUGAGGAAGAAGACUCAAGGAGGGAAAAUGGAGGGCGCCAGACCUCCAAAAGGACGGAAGUGAGUGGGUUUAGGAAGUGGUUCAGGAGGAGAGGAUUUGAAUUUGGGUUGAAUUUUGCGUGCCACAUAAUUAUUUUAUUUUUUAAAAGCGUUUAUUAAUUUUCCAAUGCUGUAUUAUUUUUAACACUUGAUUGGAAGCCGCCCAGAGUGGCUGGGGAAACUCAGCCAGAUGGGUGGGGUAUAAAUAAUAAAUUAUUAUUAUUAUUAUUCCAAUAAGAACAUCCAAUUAACAUAUAAAAUCCAAUAAAAAUAAAAAACUACAAUAAAAAAGUCCAAUUGUAAUCUUGGACUUCCAAAUUGUAAUCUUAAUUUUUUUGACUUCCCACGGUCUGAAUUCCAAAGCAUUUCCCACCUCAUAGUCCUGCCUCUCAUCAUCCCACAUAUUCUCGUCCUAUGUGCCCAACUUUGCUGUUUACCAGACCCUUUUCUCACCUGCUUGUCUCUCUUUCCCCCGGCAGACGACCCUGAUGCAACGAUGCUUCGCAGCGUGGGGCACAAUUCGGCCCCCCGUCUCUGCAGCCCCUUCACCUUCGUCCUCCUCCUGCUGCCACUGCUGAUGCCACAGGGGCCCUGAUGGCACCCAGUUCCCCAGCUUGAAGCCAUCAGCAAAGGGGGCAGCACCUGUUCUGUUGCUGCCACCCCCCUGCAACACAGUGUGGUGUGGGGGAUGCGAGUCUCCAUGUGCCCGCAAUGCCUCCGUGUGAUGCGGUGGUGCACCAGUCGGUUUUAGCAGGCUGAGCGCCGGGAUCAAAUCGCCGGCAACCCUAUGAGGGAUGUGGCUGGUGGGGUCUGGGACUGGUGAGGGGUCUUGUGGACAGAUAUAUGCCUCCAGCAGACAGACAUGGACCAGAUGGGGACUCUCUUUGGCUCCCCGGCGGCAAACAAGGCUUGGAUGGAUCCGGCCCUGCCACAAAGGUCGUGGCGCUGAGUUUCCUGCGGGCAGGAAUGACACCUUGUAUCACGCCCUGUUGGUGGUGCUUAUGGAUUUUUGGGCACACCAUGAAACUGGAAAAACACAGUUACCUUGGGACGAUGUACAGUCAAAAAAAAUUGUGACUAUCAAACAGGCAGGCCCUGGAAUUUUUGGAGUGGGGAGGGAUCCUCCGUUUUGUGUGCCCCGCUUUGACGACGACUCUUCCCCCUGCCUGCGCCGAGUUCAGAAGACCGCUGCCUUGUACCUAAAAGGUUCAAACUGGAGACCAGUCGUGUUGAGGAUGUGUUGCCCUGUUAGAUCAGACUGAGGGGUUCACCUGGUCCAGCAUCCUGCUUCUGGCAGUGGUCAGCCAUUUAUCUCCAGGAAGCACUACCAGUCCUCCCCGUGCCGCUUACCCAUGGCCACCAUCAGCUUCUGGUAUACUGCCUCUGCCCAGGGAGGUUCCAUUUUCAAAUCUGGCAGGAUGGCGGACAUUUUGUGUCUUGUGUACGCAAACCUGUUGAGGACAGCAAAGGGCAAUGCCCCUGUUUGGCACACGGCGAUAUUCAAUCACAAGGACAGAGAAAUGAACAGACUGCGAAAAAAAUAUAUUUCUGUGUGCGGAGGGGAAGGGGAGAUAAUGUUGUAGAGCUUUUUACCUCUGUAAAAUAUAUAUAUAUCUAUUUUUAUACUGAAUAAAUAACUCCAGAAGAAA